GGAGGAAGAAAAGGAAGACUGAAGAGCACUGAACCUGAAACUGUCUGAUUCUGGACUCCUACAGUGAGCUUAAGAGAGAGGGAUGAGGACAAGAUGGAUGUGGAGUGAUGCAGGAUCUCUGACUAGACUAAUGUGAGAGACUGAAGAGCGCUGAGAGACUCACAUAGAGGAAAAUGAUAUUUAGUUCCAGCAGCAGACUGUUCUCGGUGUUUGAACUGAAGUGCAGGCUGAAGAAUUCUCAACAGGGGAUGCUGAAACACUGAUAGAGGUGAGGCGGGAUGGAAGGGCAAAUGUGCAGACCGACAGAUGAACCACCUGUUCUUUUAAAGAUGAGGUGAGCAUAUUCACACCAAGAGAUUUAGAAAUCCCGCUGCUCUUCAGACUGACAUAUGCUACAAAGGUGGUAGAUAUCUAGGUAUAUGCUGUCAGCCUCACCUGGACCAGGUCUCAAAAGAGGAAGCAGACACUUGACUCCCCAGGUGACCUCCCCUCUCUCUCCACCCCUUCAACAACUUGUGGACUUUGUAGAUUGGAGUCUUCGUCUCUCACAGGAUCCCCAAACUCCCUGAUGAGCUUCUCUCAAUGGACCAUGAGAGUGAAAUUUGUGAGCUGGUUCUAAGGUGACUCCCUCUCCCAAAUCCCCCAACUCCGGAGGCUCAUCUGGCCUGUCCCCUUCUCUCCCUAAAACUUGAUGUCUUGAUGCAUUGCUGUGGGCUGGGACACUGGCGGAGAGUGCAGUCCACCUAUGGAGAGCGUCAGGACUCGGAUAUCGUUGAGGAAAGAAACGCCCAGGUGCAGCUGGAAAAGGCUAAGUACAAGCCUGUGGCCUUUGCUGUACGUUGCAACUUCUCUUACACGCCUGCUGAUGAUGACAACGUCCCUGUACCAGGCCAAGCUGUCACAUUUGAGGCCAAAGACUUCCUGCAUGUCAAAGAGAAAUUUAACAAUGAAUGGUGGAUCGGACGGCCGGUGAAGGAGGAUGGGGUGGUGGGCUUCGUCCCCAGUCCAGUUAACCUGGAAACAAUUCUUAUCAGAAGAGAAGUCCAGGCCAGAAAAGCUGCCAAGGCCUUGGCCAGCAAAGCAGCAGUUCAAGCAACUCAAGAUAUGAACUCAAAGAAAUACACUCCUCCUUCACAAGCCAACCAGCAGGUGAAAAAGAAGCCGGGGGAACAGGUAACCAUGUAUGAUGUUGUGCCAACAAUGCGACCAGUGGUUCUGAUGGGGCCAUCAUUAAAGGGCUUAGAGAUUACCGACAUGAUGCAAAAAGCACUAUUUGACUUUCUAAAACACAGAUUUGAAGGAAGAAUCACUAUUACAAGGGUGACAGCUGACAUCUCGCUGGCGAAACGCUCUAUCCUCAACAACCCUGGCAAGAAGGCCUUAAUGGACCGCUCCAACACACGCUCUCAUUUAGAUACUGCCGCCCAGAUCCAAGGGGAGGUGGAGCGUAUAUUUGAGCUGGCCCGGAGCAUGCAGCUAGUCGUUUUGGAUGCAGACACAAUUAACCACCCAAUGCAAGUGUCCAAGACUUCGCUUGCUCCAAUUCUUGUUUAUGUGAAGAUAUCUUCACCAAAAGUGCUGACGAGACUCAUCAAGACAAGAGGAAAAUCUCAAACCAAACAUCUUAACGUUCAACUUGUGGCAGCAGACAAGCUGGCCCAGUGUCCGCCGGAAAUGUUUGAUGUCAUAUUAGACGAGAACCAGCUUACUGAUGCCUGUGAGCACAUUGCGGAUUACCUUGAAUCUUACUGGAGAGCAACACACCCACCAGAGAUGGAGGCUUCAAAUGCACUUGUAGCACAGCUGGCUGAGAACACAUUGCCUGCCUCUCCAACAACAGUACCGGAUGAGCAGAAGAGUAAGAAGCCGACUGCCUCCAAGAGGAAGGGUUCACGUGAGAACCACCUAGACAAGGAGACCCCACCCGCCCCAGAUCAGGAGGACAGAGUUGAAGAAGGCCAAAGACAGGAAGAAGAGGAGCAACUUCUGAGGACAGAACCAAAAAGACCACAGCACACCCACCACCAUCACCACCACCACCACCACCGCCGGAUGGAACACCACAGCCACGCCCAGCACAGCCAAAUAUCUGGUGGCGUGAAUGUAAAGUCAGGUAGAGAUUACAGCCAGAGGCCUCCAAGGAGACCCCUGCAUGAGGAGAGGGAGGACGAGGUGGAGGAAGUGGUGGUGGAGGGCGAUGAGGAGGAGAUACACUACAACCACCGGGGUCAUAACCAUCACCACCACAGUAGCAACCACCACCAUCACCAUCAUCACCAACGCCAUCGUGGCCAGCUGCAUGACAGGGAAGGCUAUGAGCAGGAGCACAACGAACGCAACCGACAUCAGAGGCAUCACCAAUAUAUCCCAACACGGACACACCAUGCAGACCUCUAUCCUGCACACAACCAUCACAACUACCACCACCAGGGCAGAGAUCGGGACAGAGACAGAUACAAGGACAGGGAGAGCGAUAGGGAUCGAAUCAGAGACAGAGAUGCACGUCAGUGGCACAAAGAUUCUUACAUGGAUGACUGACAUGUUUCUACUCCCAAGCUGAUGCACAGUUUUAUGCUUCCCAUUUUAUAAUGCACUCAUAGGUGAAACAGUCAUUUUUGAAUGUAGUCUAUUCUUUCAUACUGUUUAUUACUCUUAAACACUACAGUGUUCUCGCCACACAGACUCACUUUAUCUUCCACAAAAACAGAAGCAAACUACAAAUUCUAAUUCAAACCCUCAAAGGGUUUUGCAUGGCAACAUAGUUUGCCAAGCAAAUUACAAGUCUCUGCAACUUUUCCAAGUCUCAAUAAAGCAUUAUGCAUGCAUUUAUAGGAAGUAUUUCUAAUAUUUAUUUCAGUUUUUGUAAUUUAAAAGCAUUGGAUUUUACCACAUACAGUUACUGAGAAACAUUGAACAUCUCAUGACUUCUGGUAAGAAUUGCACAUCAGACAAA